AUGAGGUCUCUCGGUGAACGUUUCAACAAGCUUCGCGCUAUCAUUUCCUUAAGAUGCGGCCCGGGCGCAGCAAUCCUCCCCCCAGAGGUGACCAGAAUACAUAUGGACUUUGCAACGAGCUUCAAGAACGGCCAUAUGGGCGCCAAAAAGUUCUGGCGUGAGAACCUCCCCCGACUAAAAUACCAUAAUCCCUCAGUUCCUAUGAUCGUCAAUCGUCACAGUCGGAACAACAAGAAGCCUACAAUCUCUAUCUAUCUCCGCAAACCCGACGCUUCAACUCCCGCACCAGCUACUCGUUCCCAGCCCUCCUCAUCACGCAAUAACAUGUCCAAGGCCACACCACCGGACGCCGAUGAGAAGAUUAUUACCGUCGAUAUGACUGAGAAACACUCCUCUCACAUUCUUGAAUACGUACUUGCCGAGACCCGUGCUGUCCCCAUCAAACCCACCAAGGAGGAGAUCCGUGAAUUGCAGGAGUUGGACGCCAUGGCCAGACAAGCCGAGGUUGACCGAGCACGUAUGAGGAGCUUACGUGAGGAGAAGAAACGCGAGGAGGAUAUGCUGAAGCGAGCCCGGGCUGCUGGCGGUGUUGCUGAGGAAGAGGAUUCGUAA